AUGGCGCCGAAGGGAGGAAAGAAAGGCGGGAAGAAGAAGGGAGGGAAGAAGAAGGAGAAAGGGGAGGAGGAGGAGGAGGGGGAGCAGAAGGAGGCCAUCUCAGAGCUGGACAAACACUUCUACCUUAACCAAAUUCAGGCCCUGGAGGUGAAGCUGACGCGCGCCACCACCCGCUGCGAACAGCUGGUGGAGGCGGAGAGCCACGCCCGGAGCCAGUACGACCUCCUGCAGCGGGACAAGACCGACGUGAUCAACUUCCUAAAGGCGAGGCUGUCAUCCACGAGCGACGAGGUAGAGGAGCUGAGGAGUCGCCUGGCGGGGCUGGUGAAGGCGAAGGAGGCAGAGCAGCAGCAGUACGAGGAGCGCCUCGCCACCCUAGCCAAGGACGCGGAGAACACGCGGCUGGACCUCAACGACAAGAUCAUUGCGCUCACCCGCAAGCUGGAGAGCCUCGAGGAGUUCCGCCAACACAAGGAGGAGCUGGAGGGGAAGCUGGCGGCCCUGGAGGAGGAGCUCGCCACCAGCAGGGAGGAGCAUAAGGCGAAGGUGAGCUUCCUGGAGCGUGCGUCGCUGGUGGAAGCGGCGGCCCAGCGUGCAGAGCUUGAGGCGCGCGUCACCAGGAUUACCGAGGACCUACGCCGCGCCGCCCAGACGGAGAUGCACUCCACCACGCGUCGCGCCCUACAAGAGAACGAGGCCCUCACCCGCCAGUUGGAGGUGUUCCGCGGCCGCAUCACCUCGCUCAGGGCAGAGAACACCAGCCUUAGGGAAUCUCUAUCCGACUCACAGGUGCGCGAGGGUCUGCUGCAGGACACGGUGCGGCAGGUGACGGCGAGGGGGGAGAGGCGCGCCAGACUGCUGCAGGCCGUCACGGAGAAGGCCGAGGAGCAGGCUCGCGUGUGGAGGGACUACCACCGCCUCGCCCGGGACAACACGCAGCUCCGGCGCGACCUGCAGGCAGUGCAGGCGGAGGUGGACGGCGCCACACAGACGGCUUGUGACCUGCGGCAGAAGAUGGUGGAGAAGGACGUGGCGCUGGAGCUAACGGCCUGCCACCUUCGCCAGCAGGAGGCCGCGCGCUCCACUCUGCAGGAGGCCAUCACCUCCGCCCUCACCCUGCUGCACCAGGCCGCCUUCCAGGGCGAAACAAGCAAGGAGGUGGACACCACGGGGGCAAUACUUCAGCAGCUUGUUACGCUGCUCACUGCGGCGGAGCAGGCGCAGAUGUACGCCUCGGCGGAGCCUGCACGACCGUCCCCACCCGGCGCUGCUCCGGCCGUAGGCGGCGGCGGGCGGGAGGAGGAAGGUCAGAAGGAGGGGCGGCGUGAGGGCGGUGGCCAAGUCCAGUACCAUGCAGGAGACUUGGGACUUCUGCCUCGCCCACCACGCAAGGCACGGGACACUACACCUGACAAAUGACCACCUGCGGGCACAGAGGAGGGUAGCCAAGCCAUUCUUGACGAGCGACCUGCAGCUACCACUGAUGCCACCACCACCUAACGAUCCAUGUAAGGAGGUGAUACGAUGAGGGAUGUGCUGUGAUGUCACUACUGAUCCGUUUCGGCUUUGAUACCCGCACUCCUUCAUUUCUUAUUUGAAUUUAGAGUAUUUGCAUCCAUAGCUUAUGAUUUUUUCUUUAAUUUUCCGUUAUAUCAAGUGCCAAAGGGCGAUGAUGUGAUGACCUUCGCCAAUAAGAAUAAUGAGUUACUCAUGAGGUCUUUCCAGCGAACGAUGACGAUUCUUCCACGCGUUGCUGAGGUAUGGCAAACACGUGAGCAAGAACUCUGUGUAUACAUUAUUAGAGUAGGCGCGUCCAUUCACUUGUUACUGAUGGAAAAACAAGAUAAGACGCGAUGGGAUAUAUUAUUAAACAUUUCGACGCCCAAGCACACACAUUUAUUUGACAAGGCUUUCGUGGGACGUGUAGGCUUUUCAGUGGGUGAUUUCGUGACCCUGGUAGUAGUUUGUCAAGCCACCUGCACCAUGGACGGAAAAAAACUCAUGAGAACCCGGUUAAUCUCUCUUUCGGCCUUAGGAAAUAGUUCAUGCGCGAGGCGAAAGAAUUUUGGAAUACCGACCUAUGUGCCAUACGAGUAGACUAAUGGUUGUUGACAUUAGUAUUUUUAAGUUCAUAGCACCUGUUUACAUGCAUUAUAUAUCCCUUACACUGCCAACAUUAGUCAUAUAAGGCCUUCACUAUCACAGUAAAUAAUUUAUCAUCACAGUAAAAAAUAAAAAAAAGAGAGAGAAAUGAGUGACCAGAACAGGAAAGUUAUAGAGCAAGGUAAUGGUCGUUCAGGUAAGCUGAAGGUAAAUAGGAAUCUUCUUAUCUUUUAUACACCUUGAUAACCGGCCACAGGUAGAGAUGGAGAGCAUUACCUGAGCUGAGUCACUUUAAAACACUCACUCCCGUCUCUGUAACCGUCUAUUAACUUUGUAGCAUGCAUGUAACCUGCAUGGAAACAAAGGGCCAACUAUGGCAUUCUCGUUAUCAGUUUGUUAUCUCCAGGUUUCCCCAAGUGCCUAUUCAACGGCUAAACCACAAAGGAGGGCGAAGAGCUGAGCAAACCAUUAAAAUAUAAUUGUUGUAGUACCAGCCCA